CACGAUUGACCGCGACGUUUCCCACAGACUGUUCAGCCACAAGCACUUCUAGGAAAGCUUUAGGAGGCACACUGAUUAGGGUUAUGUGGUGCUGGUAAUGUGGAGUUGUAAGGGGUGCUCAGAAACAGUGUCAAAGUAACUAGUUGAAAUGGGGACUCCAAUGAUCCUAAAGAUUGUCUUGACUGAUGGAACAUGUCAAAGGCUCACUCUCUCCAAUGGACCGCCUGAAUCAAUUGAGGAUCUCAUUGGUGAAGUCAAAAGACAGUGUGGUCUUCAGGGCAAUAUCAGACUUCAGUUUAUGGACUCCUUGUUUGGGAAUGAGUUCCUUAACCUUACCUCAAUUUCAGAAGUGGCAGACAAAGGAACUCUCAAAGUAACUGACAUGUCAAGGCCCACUACUAUGCAGCAUGAGGAUUCUAUUGUUCUUGAUCUUGUCCAAGACUCCGAAGUCCCCAGUGCUUCCUCUGUUAACCACUCCUCCUUUCUCUCUGAUGGAUCUGUGGACACAGAUGUGUUGUCAUCAAGUGAGUCAACAAGCUCACGGUCUUCUUGGCCUGCUGUCUUUUAUGUGCCCAAGUUUCCCUACGAUGCUGAAUUAAAACUUCAGCAGGCAAGUAUGGCAUACAAUCAGAAUGGAACUGUACUUAUUCCAGAGCCGAAGUUGAAGUCAGCCAUCCUUGAUGGUUUGGUGCAGGAAAUUGUGUAGUAUAAAGUGUAUGUCAGUGACAAAGAAAUGGAUCAAGUUGCUCAGAGUCUGAUCAAGAAGCAUCCCUGUCUAACUGAGAGAUGCUCUGACACUGGAUGUGGAGGAUGGAAGACCAGCUUGAAAUAUAAACUCGCCAACUAUCGAACCCUGCUACGAAAACUGGGGUGCCCAGAGGUGACUGUAAACUCUUUAAAGAACAAACCUGUUGGAAGAUGCAGUGCAGCAUUUGGUGUCAAAAAAGCAAAGAGGGCAGAAGUGAACUUUUGCCCAACAUAUCCAUCAGAAGAAACUGAGGAAAGUCUAGAGGCGAUGCGGAAAGCUUUACUCUUGGACAUAAAGAAGAGGAACAACAGAGAGUUGGUUAAACUCAAGAUGGAGAAAACUUUUGCAUACAGAAGACAUGAAAUUGUUCGUGAUGCACCGAUGGUGGAGGCUUUCAUGGCAAGAUGGCCUGCUUUAUUUGACAUCCGUGAGAUCAACGCUGAGUUUAAGAGAAUUACCACCAUCCCACUUCAGUCAAAGUUCUUGUCUCAGCUGGAUCUCCAUUUUGGCAACCUGGUGAUGCUCUUCAAAAGAAGAGGAGGACAGCUUGGACAAAAGCUGAAACAAAUUGUGGCACAAAUGGAUGAUUGUGAAGAUGUUGAUGCUGGACGCGAGUGUGUCAUUAAGGGAGUGUGUGUCUACAUGGGAGAAAAUCCUGACCACCUCAUCCGGGAGUAUGUGGGCAUGGAUGAGGCUGCCAUCAAUGAGGCCAUUGAAGACACCACUGUUGGAACUUAUCUUCUUAAAGAGGAGGCUUCAGCAGAUGAACAGGAGAUUGGAGUUGUCCUUGAAGGCAUCAGGGUGAUGACUAAUUUGGAUAAUAUAGCAUUUGCUGUGGUGAUGCUAUUUGGACUAAUAUAUGCACUGAACCUUGCAUAUCCUGCUGACCUUCGCUACACUUUUGAGGUGUUCCAGAAGAUUUUCAUGGAACUGGAUGGAGGUAAACUCUCCAACAAGGUGCUAGCUCUCAAAAACCGCCUCUUUGAGUGAGGAGUCAAAGACUGCACUUGUGCAAUUUUUUUUUUCAUUUUCUAUUCAGUAAUGUUGUAAUCCUCAAGGUUUGUUGUUCUUUUUUUUUUCCUCUACUCCUCAUGACUCCACUGCAGGAUAAAAGUAUUUUUCCUUUUUGUAUUCCAAUGUUUCCAAGAAAUGUUUGAGGGAUUUUAGAGAGAUGUUCUGGGCCAACCUUGAAGCUGCAGUAAGUAACUUAUGAAAAAAAAAAUUACAUAUUUGUUUAAACUGUCCCUAAGUCAUUACAGUAUAACAUGAGACAGAUAAUCUGAAAAAAAAAUAAGCUCUGUCCUAUCAUGCAUUAUCUUAACACUGACAUGACAUAGUGACAGUUUUCGCAAAUAUGUAAAAAACAAAAAAAAAACAUUGUUAUAAAACUUUCAUGUCAUGUUCAAAAAGAUUCGUGUAGGUGUUCAGGUUCAGUUAUUUAACAAUGUCAUUAAAGUGUUUGCUGGUAGUUUUAAUGGCUAAAUACAAAAGAUGUAUUAGGAUAUGCAAUCCUUAGCAGCUUGCUGCUUCUUUUUUCUCUUAAUUUAAGAUGAAGUUCUUUUAAAUGGUACACAUGUUCUAUGCUUGUGACAUUCACUGACAUUCAUAGCAGAUUGUUGCUUUGUUUCUUGCUUUUAAAAUUCAGUGUAACAGGAAUUUUAGAAAUCUUAAAUAAAAAACAAGUUACGCAUCAUUAAACCUGUUUAUUCAAAAAUAUGUUGCUUUUUUGUGGUAAGGUUUAGUUUCGUUUUAUUCCUUUUAAUUUUACAAAUGUUAAACAAAAUUUAUAUGUAAGAGAUGGUGGGAUCAUUUAUAGGCACUUUUUAUUUAUUUGUAAUAUGUUUACAAAUGUUUUAAAUUGUUUUUCCAGUUGUAUUUGCAGUGAAGACUAAAAUCACCAAAAGGUGUAAAAGGUUUUGUGGCUGUAAUUUUUGGAUUGUUCAUGGCAGCUCUCUGCUUUUACUUCUGUUUAAU